ACCCAGUCCCACCGUCCUGGGGAAAAAAGCCGAAAGAAAGAAAGAAAGAGUCACAUUUAGGGAACGCGAACGCACGGCGAGAAGCGAAUGGAUAAAGCCCAGGCUAUGUUUAUGUGAAGCAGAGUGGUCAAGAGGUCGCAGGAAAUGGCUCACGGCGGCUACGAUAAGCGCCGGGUCGCAGGCCGGAAACCAGUGAGCGGUAAUGGUCGGCGCUCCAAAGCGCUGGGCGUGGAUAAGAAGGCCAAGCUUAAGCCUAAGCCUAAGCCUAAGCCCAAAUCCGUCUCUCUUAAGAACCAGAUACGAUCCGUUGAGCGUUUGCUCCGAAAGGAUCUGCCACCUGAAGUUAGAGAAGCUCAAGAACAGAAGCUAGAAGGGCUUAAGAAACAACAGGAAAUUCACAACCGUCUUGCUGUGGAACGUAAGGUGUUCUUGCGGGACAGAAAGAUCAAGUUUUUUGAGAGAAGAAAGAUUGAACGUAGAAUCAGACGCCUGGAGAAAAUGCAAAGGUCUUCAUCCAGUCAAACCCAAGAGGCAGAGAUAGCUGAGCAGCUUACUAAAUUGAAAGAAGAUCUUGAAUAUGUUAGGUUCUUUCCUAAGACUGAGAAGUAUGUGUCUUUGUUCAUGGGAGGGGAUGACACAGAGGUGGUCGAUAGAAGAAACAGAUUACGCAAGCAGAUCAAAUCCAACAUAAUUGCAGCUGCAGCGAGUGGGAAGGAUCUGGAAGAGACAGGAAGUGAGGAUGAUGGGCUUUUGGAUCUCAGUGAGGAUGAUUUCUUCUUAAUUGGAUCUUCUAGUGAUGAAGCUGAUGCAGAUGAUGAGUGGACAGAUAAAAGCACAAGGGAGCAAGCUUCCAGUGCUUCUGGUAAAGCAGCAUCUGGCAUGUCCAGUGAUGAAAGGAAUCAGCAGAGACAUAUUUCUGCUCGAGCUCUAAUGCCUCCUCCUCGACCAUCAACCAAUUCGUUUUCAAAUUUGGUUCAUGGUAAAUCAAUGUUUGGAGGCUCAUUGAGCAAGAAGCAAUCAUUACGGAGGGUUGAAAUGUCCACAUCCAGCAACACUUCCAAUAGCAUGAGUGAAUCUUCCAUUCGAAAUAGGGGAUCCUCAGAUUCACGGAUUGGGCAGAGUAGUAACCUGAGUUCAAACUCUGAUGCUCGCAAACCCCGAAGGAAAAGGAGGCCUAAGAAGAAAAAGCAACAGGCAUAAACCGCCAAACCCCGCUGAUCUAAACCUGAAACCAUUUGAAGCAGUUUACUGGGUAUUUGUGAAACAUUGUUACAUCUUGGUUCAACCAUCACCUUCUCAGUUACUUUUAUCCAUUAACCAUGAGGAAGAAAAAAAAAAAAAGUAAGUGCUGUGUGGACCGGCAGGCUGGUGUCUACAUCCCUUCGUUGGAGCUAGGUUUAUCUGGGAUUCUUCUCACUCCUCUUAGGUAAAUUGAGUUGUUCAGGAUAGUCACAAUCUUUCAAUCCCUGCAUAUGAAUGUUCUUUCUACGAUGGCUUUGUUUCCAUUCCUCACUCCUAUAGGGUGCAUGGCUUUUGUACAAUUUUAAAGGCAUCAAAUCAAAAUUCCCCUUAUUAACAGCUCCAACUUGCUCAUGUUGGUGAUCAACCUGUUGUUGCAAUAUAGCAGCUGUUUUGUUCUCUUGUAUCACAGGGUGCUUGGGCGAGCACAGGUGGGUAGCAGUUUGUUCUUUUCAGGACAUUUGAGUUGGGACCAUGGUCAAUACCCAUUUGCUAAUACAAGUUACACAUUUCAUGUUA